UUUCACUUCCGUGAAAACAGCGGUUUAUCAUCAGGUGUGUGCUCUUCCCUUCCCCCAGGCUGGAGGGAGCCUUCUGAGCAGGAUGGCUUUGGUGGAGGAGCAGGCCGGACCUGGGGCUGUGAAGGUGGAGGAGGGCCCUUCCUGGGACCGGGAGACCUUCCUUCGAGAGAGCAGCUUUUCUCUUCAGGAGGCCUCCCGCCUACUUUUCAGACACUUCUGCUACCAGGAGACCCCCGGGCCCCGCGAGGCGCUGCGCCGGCUCCGCGAGCUGUGCCGCCAGUGGCUGCGGCCCGAGACGCACAGCAAGGAGCAGAUCCUGGAGCUGCUGGUGCUGGAGCAGUUCCUGACCAUCCUGCCCGCCGGGCUCCAGGCCUGGGUGCGGGAGCAGCAGCCGGACAGCGGGGACGAGGCGGUGACCGUGCUGGAGGAUCUGGAGAGGGAGCUUAGUGAGCCAGAGAACCAGGCCCCAGAUGGCGCCCCUGACCAGUCGGAAGUGCUGUCAGAGGACGGGGUGCGUGUGAAGGCCAAGCAGGAAUCAAGAGCCAUCCAGCUUCAGGCCACAGAGACACAGCUCAAAUGUGACCCUCUUGGUCCCUACAAAUUUGGGGAACCAGGUGCUGACCUUGUACCGGAAGGCCAGGAGUUGGCGUCGAAGCAAGAAGUUUUGAAAGAAGCGGAACAUUUUGGAAAUAGCAGACUCCAAAGAGAUGCUCCCUUCAACUCUAACUGCAGAGAGGCUUGUAAGCGGGGGAGCAGGGCGGAGAGACCGAGGGGGCGCGCUGGCGGAGAGCGGCCGCACCGCUGCGGCGAGUGCGGGAAGGGCUUCGCGCAGAGCUCGGUCCUCAGCCAGCACCGCAGGACGCACAGCGGGGAGAAGCCGUUCGCGUGCGAGCGGUGCGCGAGGGCCUUCAGCCAGCGCUCGGGCCUGGUGGAGCAUCAGCGGAGCCACACGGGGGAGAAGCCGUUCGCGUGCGAGCAGUGCGGCAAGGCCUUCCGCCUCAGCUCGUACCUCGUGCAGCACCAGCGGAUCCACACGGGGGAGAAGCGCUACCGCUGCGGCGUCUGCGGCAAGGCCUUCAGCCAGAACGCGGGGCUCUCCCAGAGAGCGUUCCAGUGCGGGGAGAGGCCGUUCCAGUGCGGCCAGUGUGCCAAGCGCUUCAGCCGGCGGACGCUCCUCAGCAAGCACCAGAGGAGCCACACCGGGGAGAGGCCGUUCGCCUGCGCCGAGUGCGGGAAGGCCUUUGGGCACCACUGCAACCUCACUAGGCAUUUUAGAACCCACACCAUUGCCAAACUGGCCUAAGUCCCCAGACCCCCAGACCCUUAAAUGGGGCCUUCUUGGAAAGUCAGCUUUUCAAGUGGCUUCUUUGGUUUUUACCACAUGUAUUUGGCUCUAGAAGGAGCAGCUUGUCUGCAGCCUGGGUGCCGGGGUCUCCCGGGUGAACCACCGUGGAUGUGGGCAGCUCUGGGCAGCCCCCUUCUUCCCUAUCCCUUGUUUCACUUCUAAUGAUUUCCCUCCAAAGUGACCAAAAUCACCUGGGGGUAAAUUGCUGUGGAGGGGCUGUUCUUGAGUGAUGCUGAAUACUGAACAACUGAAAAAUUGGUAUCUGUGUAUACUUGUUAAAGAUUGGGUAAAUUCAAAGGAUAUUAAGAUGAGAUGCUCUUUUUUUCCCUGUGAAA